UGCCACCUAUCAGUGCCAGACAGUGCCACCUAUCAGUGCCAGUUAAUGCCACCUGUUAGUGCCGCCUAUCAGUGCCAGUCAGUGCCACCUAUCAGUGCUCAUCAGUGCUCCUAUCAGUGCCAGUCAGUCCCGCCUAACAGUGCCAAUCAUCAGUGCCACCUAUCAGUGCCACCUAUCAGUGCCAUAUAUGAGUGCUGCCUUUCAGUGCCCAUCAGUGAUGCCUGUCAAUGCCCACCAGUGCCACCUACUAGUGCCUCCUCAUCAGUGCCCAUCAGUGCCAACUCUCAGUGCCCAACAGUGCAGCCUAUCAGUGCCCAUCACUGCAGCCUCAUU